UCCAGAAGUCCCGGGCUGACGCUUGAUAGUGCGGACUCAUUGAUAAUAAAAAAAAAAGGAAAGAAAAAAAAGAAAAAAACAACCCGUGCCGCUGGAAUUAAAAUGAGCACUCCUGCUGAGCGACUCUCCUCCUCCACAUAGCGCUGCCUUCUCUUCUCAAGAUCUGUUUUAUGUGACUCCAGCAGGCGACGCAGGAUGACUACUACCUUAUCGCUGGUGAUUUUGUGCGCUCUGAUGGCGCUAAUGUUGGCGUCUAAGACGGAGCGGGCGGUGCAGAUUCCCUGUCACACUGGCGAGUACACCAAGGAUGGAGAGUGCUGCAAUGAGUGCCCACCUGGAGAGGGAGUGGUCAAGAAAUGUGGAGCUACUCAGACUGUCUGUUCCCAGUGUUUGGACAGUGAGACCUACUCCGAGGACUACAGUCACACGGAGCAGUGCAAGCCUUGUACUGAGUGUACAGGUCUGAUGCGGAUGGAGACGCCCUGCACCGACUCCAACGAUGCCAUCUGCGUCUGCAACUACAACUACUUCUUCAGUACAAUGUCCGGCACCUGUGAGCCGUGCACGGUGUGCCCCGUGGGUCAGGGCGUGUACAUACACUGCGACCAUGAUCACGACACAGUGUGUGAGGAGUGUGUGGACUCUACCUACUCUGAUCGGGAAAGUUCUCUUGACCCCUGCCUGCCCUGCACCAUCUGUGAAGAAGAGACAGAGGUACAGGACGCUGCUUGCACCCCUGUCAGUGACUCUAUCUGUCGUAAUCCUCUCCUCCCUCCAUAUUUCUCUACAACCCCUGAUAUGGAUCCGACUCUACCCUUCACCGAUUACCCCCUCCCCGACAGCCCCGACAGCCCAGACAGCCCGUUGCCUGGAGGAGAGACGACCACGUCAAGCGCCGGCUCUCCUCGGUUUCUCGGCCACGGCCUCAACGAAAACCUCAUCCCCAUAUACUGCUCCAUCCUCGCUGCUGUGGUGGUCGGGCUGGUGGCUUACAUCGUUUUUAAGCGGUGGAAUAGUUGCAAGCAGAACAAGCAGGCAGCUAAUAACCGUGCGGCUACAAACAACCAGAUGGUAACACCGGAGGGAGAGAAGCUGCACAGUGACAGCGGCAUCUCGGUGGACAGUCAGAGUCUUCACGAGCAGCAGCAGCAGCAGCAGCAGCAACAGCAGCAAGCCCAGGCUGAAGUCCAGGCUCAGCCUUCACACUCACACACACCGGAACAGAUAGGAUUCACUCUAUUAGACCCCCGCCGUCAUCUGCGAUACAAAACGCGGCAGGGGAGCAAUGAGGUCAUCAAUCAGGGCUGCAGUGGAGGGGAUCUGACAGCUGCUAAUUUAGGGGGACGGGUGAAGGAACAGUCUGAAAGGGAAUAUGACCGGGGGCGUAACAUUUUGGAGGCACCGCUGGGAUCGGGUGAGACGAGGUUUGACUUCUGCCAGCAACAGACGUCCCCGGCUCUCAUUCAGUCCCGUUCAACUUACACAGGCAGGCAGCAUCCAGUGACUUACACAGUGGCAGUUCAAGUGUCUACAACACAGAGCACAAGCAAUCUGAGGUGA